UCCCUGUCCGUGUCAUAGAUUCUUCUUGUUUGUUAACCUAGGAAAUUCAGAAUUUUACUAAAUUGGUGAAAUUAUUAUUAUUGAUAAAUAAUAUUAAUAACUAGAAUAUGGCAGGACUGAGGCAAAUAAUAAAAUUAUUCGGAAUUACGAAUUUAACGCAACAAAACUCUAAUUUGAAAAACUAUAGAUUUCUGAGUUAUAUUACCAAAGAAUACAAAGAAACAAAUGAUCCAAGGCCAUAUUUUUUCAACAAUGAUGUUCAAAAUAUUCUCUUGAAGCUGACUAGAAGUGAAUUGCAAAAAAUUUUUCGUAAAAAAGGAAUGGGCCCUCUAGAGGACGCCACAUUCAAAUUCUUAACAGACGAGCAACUACAACAGGAAUUGGAUAAAAUGCGAAAAAAGUCUGUAGAGUUACUUCAAUUUCCACCUGCUGUAGCAGUACGCAAACCAUUAGAUCGGGUUUUUUCAUCUGAUCCAGCUUUGAUUGGAUAUGAAACUUCCAAGGUAGUUUUUACAGAUAUAACAUUUGGACUUAAGGACAAUCAAAGAUUGAUUGUAAUCAGGGAACCAGAUGGGGUGCUUCGUGAGGCUGCUUGGAAUGAUAGAGAUAGGAUCAAUCAGGUUUAUUUUCCUAGAGCACAUAGACAGUUAAAAGCUCCCCCUCUGUUUAACGGAAAUUAUUUUGAAGAUAUAUUAAAUAGAAAAGAGUAUCUUUUCAUAUUAGACCUUGCUUGUCAACAGUUUGAACCUGAUGAUUCAGAGUACCAAAGAGUUGUUUCUAUAACUUAUCAACAUAUUUAUGAUAAUAAUGAAUUUGAAAAACUUCGCUCUACUAGACAUUUUGGAAGUUUGACAUUCUUUCUGGUUUGGAAUAAAAUGAUUGAUAAUUUGUUACUAGAUCUCAUUGAAUCAUGUCAUAUUGAAGAAGCAAAUUUGUUAAUAGAAUUGUAUGGAAGAAUUCAUAAUAUUAGUUUAUUACAAGAAAAUGAUGAUGAAUAUAAAAUGCUAGAAGAUUUUAUAAAAAAACAUUCAACAAAGACAGCUGUCUUAGAGUUAGCAUUACAAGCAACUAAAGACUUUUUGAAACAAAAAGAGAUUGUUGAGGAAGGUAUUAAAAAGGCUCAUGGUCAUAGUUAAGGAGUAAAUGAAUUUUAUAUUAUCUCCUUGUACAUAGUAAUUAUAUAUAUACAAAAAAAUAAUUGAUUUCAUUUAAUCCCUUGAAGGAUUAUUUCAAA